ACUUCUUCUUUAAGGCUAUUUUCAUUUUCAUUCUCAUUCUCAUUAUCAUUAUAUCUUAAUAUGCAUCUAUCAACCUCUAUCCUUCUCUGUCUAGGAGCUGUCGCAGUAAAUGCUGCUACUGUUAAACACUCUCCACAAGUCAUACGUCUGCCGCUUAUUCGCAACCCAAACUCAAAGGAUAUUAUCACCCAGAAACGCAAUAUACACCUCUUCAAGCGAGAUCCAGCAGAAGCUCCACUGUACAAUGACGAUGGCUCUCAAUAUCUCGUUCAACUGAGUGUAGGAACACCUGCACAAAAUUUUACAGUCACACUUGACACUGGAAGUGCUGAUUUGUGGGUUCCUUCUACACAAUGCCCUCAGAACACCUGUCCUUACACUCGAUUUGAUCAGUCAGCAUCAUCUAGCUUCAAGUCCCUUAGCCAAAACUUCGAAAUCACAUAUGGUAUAGGAAACGUAAACGGCACAUUUGUCACAGAUACUGUCACAAUUGCAGGUGUUCAAGUACAAAACCAACAAUUCGGUCUGGCUAGCUCAACAAAUAACAUCCUGACUAAUCCCACCACAAUUGGCGUCAGUUCUCAGACUAGUUCCUCUAGCUCCGAUCUGGCCAGCAACUCUGACACCGUCGGCAACGGCAUCCUUGGCAUGGGUUUCCCCCUACUGACCACCUCUGCAGGCGCAGACGGAGUAGCAUAUUACCCGCUUAUCUUCAAUAUGGUCGACCAGAAACUCAUUACAGACCCCGUAUUCUCAAUCUACAUGAACACCGCAAGCUCGACCGGUUGGGCUGGCGAGCUGAUCAUCGGCGGCGUCGACACCUCAAAGUACACUGGCGACAUUGUCUAUCUUCCCGUCGCAGCACUAAGCUCGACCUCGACCACGUCCCUGAGUUCUCUUGGAAGCUCGGCAAAUGCUUACAAGGGCUACUACUACUGGAUGGUCUACGGACAAGGCAUCUCGCUAAUUAGUGGAACAACCACCACAGACGUUGGAAUGGGCUCCAUUUCAGCCUUUAUCUUCGACACCGGAACUACCCUGACAUACCUCCCACAGGCCAUGGCCAAGGCAAUCGUCAGUAGCGUCGCAGGCUCGAACGGAUACCGUCUCGAUUCCUCUUCUGGAACAUACAUGGUUGACUGUAAUGCCGUCUCAUCAACCGUCACCGUUCAACUUCAGAUGUCAACCACCGGGAAAACGAUGUCUAGUCCCGUCACCCUCAAUGUACCUGGCGCAAAUCUAAUCAUUCCCGUCGACGCAGAUACCCCAGAAAAGGCGUCGGUCUGUAUUUUUGGUAUUGCUCCCAGCAGCUCUUCAUCGAGCGGCGGCUCGUUCUCAAUGUACCUCUUUGGUGACUCUAUCCUCAGAAGUGCAUACCUUGUGUUUGACAUUGGAAACCAGCGCAUUGGUAUCGCUGCAGCAAAUGGAGUCGGCGGCAGUGUCAACGGAAAGAGUGGAGGAACGAGCUCGUCUAAUACACCAUCAUCAUCGUCAUCAUCAUCAUCGGGUUCGAGUGCCAAAUCUGGAGCUAAUCCAACUUUGACUUUGGGACUAUUAAUUUCUGUACUUGGUAUUACUGGUUCUCUCUUGACGUCUUUGUAAAACCAUGUUUACUAUACACUAAGAAGAAGAUGAUGAUGAUGAAGAAAACACGCAUACAUACAUAUAAAUGAUGUUUCUUGCUGUACUGUACUAUACACCCUCUUUAUUUUUUCUUUCUUGUUGCUGUUUAAUUACACAUCUUUAUUAAUAUUAUUAUAUACACACAUAUAUAUGUACACACCUGUUCUUUUACUCUUUUUUCUUCUUCCUCUUCUUUUAACUGCUUUGGUCUUUAUUUAUUAUUAAAAUUAUGUAUAUUAUAAUCACUUUCUGUACACAUUAUAUAUAUAUAUAUAUAUAUAUAUGGAUAUAUAUAUGGAUAUUUUACUGAAUAAAAACGGACAAAAUAAUAAUAAUAAUAAUGAAAAUAACGAUAGUGUGUAAAUAUCUUUUAUUUCUAUUUCUAUAUAAAGUAUAAUUAUCUAUUUUCCUCUAUUUUUCUAUAUUUAGCCGUCCCUAAUAAAAAUCGAUAUAGUUUUCUACCUGCU